UCCCCCUGUCAGUUAAGAUCUUCUUAACUCUGACCUUGUGCUGGUUCUGGACUAAGUUACAAAAUUCCUUAAACUUAGUCAACGUUUCACUCUUGGACAUUAGGGGAAAAACGAAUCCAAAUCUGCUAUGGUCGUCUACUAUGGUAAGGAAGUACCGUCUCUUACCCACGGAAGGUGGGAAUGGACCCACCAGAUCCAUGUGGACGAGCUGAAACGGGUGUUCAGAGUACCUCUGAGACCUCUUGGGCGCAGAUUUCACCUUCAACUUCGCACUCCUACAAAUUGAACAAUCUAGAAAUGUGUUACAAUCAUUGAUCUUGGUUCCCCUUGAGUGUUCGGUUACCUUUUUCACUAUAGGAAAACUCACAUGACCUAAUCUGCGAUGCUUCAAGUGAGCACAUUCAUUGUGCAAUGGCUCACCUAUAGAAAUUGCAUUAGCAUUUUCAGGUUCCCUAUUAUCUGACUCUAAGUUAAAAUUUAAAAACUUUUUAUUAACCUUACAUUUGUCUUUACAAGGCUUCCUCUGGUGAAAGUCUUGAUCCUCAUCACCUAGUUCUAACUGUGAUUCAUUGUUACUACCAAAUGAGAUAGUAUAAUUGCUAUCACUGCAGGUCUCAGCAUUCGUAUUGGGGGAAUAAUAAGGCAAACCACCUAUCUUCAAAACCUCCCCAAUCACACAUUUGUUGUUUUGUUCCUCCUGAGAACAGAAUCUCCAUUCUAGGGUUCUCACAUAUCCUCAUUAGGCUUAGCAAAUUAUGAUCUAUCUCUGGUACAUACAAUGCUCCAUUAAUUUCUCCUAUCCCAGGAAUAUAAACAUCUCCAAUGCCAACAACAUUCAUCUUUUUACCGUUUGCAACUUUGACCAUGGAUUGAUGCCUUCUCAUAUUAACAAACAACCUUCGGUCACUCACAACAUGGUUACUGGCUCCACUGUCCAUUAACCAUAGUUGCUCUCGCUGUUCCCUUGUAAGUUCUGACUCAGUAGUUUCCACUAUACCUACAGAACUAUCAUUAAACCUGGGAUUGUUCCCUUUGUUGCCUCCAUUUGGCUUUUUACCCCUUCUGUGGUUAGGAACAUCUCCACUUGGCUUUCUGCCUGGAGGAAGUGACCUCCUUUUACAUUUAUUAUCAGAAGGUGUCUUUACACUUGCCCUAGCAUUCACGUUUUGUGGGCAAUCCUUUCUGUAAUGUUCUCUUGAACCACAAUUGAAGCAUUCUCCAAUAGUAUAUGCUCUAUCUGAACUAUUGGGCCUUCUUAAAGGUUUUUCCUUUUUGUGAAAAGCCGCCCUGCAUUUUCGCAAGUUAUCUUCAGCAAUCAGUCUGCCAGAUAACACUUCUAAAGAUAAGUUAUUACAAUCAACAUUAUCCAGUUGCGAUAUAAAAUUAUCCCAGCUAGGAUCAAGGGAAUUGAGUAUAACAGUAAUGAGGGUUUGUUCAGACACUGUUUCCCCCCUCAACAUCAAUUCCUGUCUUAACCUGUUUAACUCACAUAAGUGUUCAUUAAUAUUUACUCCCGCCUUCAACCUUGCGGAAUAGAACUCCCUAUAAACUCUGUUUGUAACAUGGGAGCUUUUUGAACAAAAUAGCUUAUGCAGUUUCACCCAAACUUCUGUUACGGUCAGGUUACUAGGUAUACUGGGAUAUAGUGCAGGGUCAAUGGACAUCAAUAAAAUACAAAAGGCCUUAUGAUGUAAAAGAUCAACUUCUAAGGACCAUGGUCUAGAUGGGGGUUUUAACAACAACGAUAAAACAUUCUCUUUCAUUAAGAUUACUUGGAUACUUUUAACCCAUUCCUUAAAAUUUCCUCCACCCACACUUAAACUUUUAAAAUUAGGAGGAAGAACCUAUACAUUAUUAAACAUGGAAACAGACAUUAAUUGAUGUUCAAAAUGUGGUCCAUCCUGGAACGGGCAAUAAGGCAUUGGAAUGGAAGCACACAGCACAGUGUUUUCCAUCUGGCAUUUUGACGAUCGUUCCUCCCUAAUGGGAGGGAUUAAAACUUCACGUUGUGCAGAUGCAAAGCUCAUCCUGGUUUGAUCACAAAUGCUCGAGGGUCCUCUCUGGUGCACAUCUCUAGGAAUUUUUGGACGCGCUCCCAAAUUCCUAUCUUCAGUUGAGGCAGCCUCCGGAACCGUCCUGGAUGUCGAUGUCGUCACGGAUGGAUAUACCCCACUCGUGGCGUGCACUGAAUUAGUCGCAGACAUCAGGGGUACUUUGGUACGUGCAGCUACUAUUUGUUGAGCCGAUGGCGCCUGCAAACCAUCGCCUAAAAUGGUUGCCAAAGUUUCUAUCACACUUGCAACCUUAUGCUCAACAUGAGAGUCUCUUAAAUUUUUAGCAGAAGUCAUUGAUGUCAUCAAGGGAGCUAAAGUCUUUAUGGCCUGAUCUAUGAUGGCUUCAACAGCAGGUGGCGCAAUAUCAACUUGGCCAUGCUGGUUUAACAAAGAAGCAGGGACAUUCGAAUCAGGCAGUCUGUUAUCCCCCAUUCUCCACUUAUGGUCUGAGGUAGGGGUUUUAGAAAAAGAUUGAAAGUCUCUUACCGAUCCGGUGUUUUCUAGGACUUCGAUCUUCUUUCCUUUCACGGCUGGAUUCUUUAAUAAUCCACUAGAAUCAGCAGUCGGGUUCUGACUUACUAUGGGCAAACCUAAAAACUGAAGGAUUCCCUUCCUAAAUUCAUCAUCCACCUCUGUAUUUGUUUUCAAGACCUGAAGUGGUGUUCUUCCAGUCUCUACUUCUUUAGGUGAUGAUGGUUUACUCACUAUCUUAGGCACUUCAGAAGUUAAGGCCUCUGCUCCAAAACCUAUAGCUCCACUAUUCUCUAAGUCAAUUAGAGUUUGGGGUUCUUCAGCCAAAACAUUUUUGGCCUGAGCGCCAGACAGUCCAGUUUGUGACUUCAUACUUUUUGCUGCUGCUGCUGCCCUAGUCAAAAUCUGUUCAACUGCAGACAUUCCAGUCUAGCGCAUUACCACAUGAGCGUAGGUUCGUUAAACCAUCCUCUGCUACCAACUGUUAGGAAAUGGGGUUGAGGGGUACCCCAGACCGUGAACCAGCUCAUGGGCAAACACACUGAGACUGAAAUAAAUCUGACAGAGGCGUCUUGUGUAAAAAUAUAAUUUACUUUAAAACAUUUAAAAAGCACUAUGUCUUUAAGAAAGCACAUUAAAAACAAAGUCUUAUCUUGGUUAUGUGAAGCAGGGCUAUCUCCCUAGAUUCCUCUCCACAAUACCGAAACAGUUCACAAGAGAAUAAAGCUAACAUGAAGAUAAGCAGCUUCGGUGGCGAUACAUCAUCAAGGUAAUUAAAAGGGCAGCACAAACUUCACAGCUAAAAGUCACCUGAAGUAAAAACAGUUCAAACAGCAAACAUUGCUUGAAGCUUGUGGGAGGAAGAAAGUCCAGCAACAGCAGUCCUGAUGAUAGCUUGCGUGCUACAAAACAGCAAAAGGCAAGCAUCCGUGGGAGUUCCUCUGCAACGGCGUCUGGAGUCCUUAUCUGCAUUCUUCUCCCAUCUGCGGCAUUUGCACAUAGCUCCUGCAGGAGCUGUGCAUUUAGGCCUAAACCAGAGUCUAGGCCCAAGUAGCAAGCGAAAAGGUCCUUGCUUAUAUGGGGAGUUAACCUGCAAUUAACUAGGGCGGGGAAGGCUUGCAGGUAAUUACAAACAGGAGAUGGCUUGAUUGAAACCAUACUGUUUGUGAGUAGGCAAGUAGCCACAGCAAUCCUAGAAACACUCGUGACAUAUUAGCAUCAUUGGUACAUACGUGUCAUUUUCUUGGCAACAGUCUAGAAGUAGUAAGCCAUUGCUGCCUUUUAGAAUUUUUAAAAAAGUUUCUCAGUCCAGCCUACAGUCUGUUUUUCCUUGUGACCAUCAAGUUCAGUCAUUUAAGCUGUCUGCUACCACCAAAUACCUCCUUUUAAACAGUUAUCUUCAGUUUCAAUAACAAAACUAUUCCAGUUCCUUAUAUAAGAAAAUUAAAUGGUCUACCACUUAAUGAUCCAUGCUGCAGCUGCCAAAAAAGCCAGUGAAGUCCUGGGCUGCAUCAACAGAGAACAGCAUCAGGAUCACAAGAUAAUACUGUUUUAUGUUGCACUAGUGAGGCCACAUAAGUGCAAAGAAGAGCCUAGAAAGGGUGCAGAUAAAAGCAACAAAGAUGAAAAAAGGAUUGAAUCUAAAUUGUAUGAUGAAUGGUUGAGGGAACUAGGCUAACUAGUUGAUAGGCUAACUUUGUCUAGCCUAUCAAAGAGAAGGAUUAGGAGGUAUAUGAUAACUCUCUUCUAGUAUUUGAGAUCACAGAGAAGAGGGAAUUGACAUUCUCCAAAGCAGCAGAGGGCAGGAGAAGAAGUAAUUGGUGGAAACUUGCUAAAGAGAUCCAACCUAGAAGUAUGGAGAAAUUUCCUGACAGAAAAAAAAAAAAUCAACGGAAUGGUUUGUCUCCCAUAGUUGUGAAUGCUCCAUCACUGGAGGUUUUCAAAAGUAGACUAGACAACCAUUUGACCAGGAUGAUAUAAAGUCUUCUGCCUUGUGCAGGGGAUUGAACUAGAAGAUCUCUGAGUUUCAUUCCAGUCCUAUGAUUCUAUGUUCAGAAAUUUCAAUCAUCUUUAAAAUAUAAAUGUCACACUCCUGGGGUUUUAAAUCCUGUUCAUCCUCUUCAAAAACAGAAAUUGUGUUCAUUGUGCUCUCCAAAAGAAUAAUUUCAUAAAAAGAAUUUGAUGUCGCUUAGCAGGGCUUUUCCAGAUAAGCCAUAUACCUGGGAAGUAACCAUGACUCAACUGGGAACACUCAGUUGUUAGCUGGGUGACAGAUCAUCCAAUCCCAACUUUAUAUAUAUAUAUAUUUCCUCUAGCCAGGUUUUCCCUACGUAACCAAGGUUUUUCUGCAGCCCCAGCUCAGUAGAAUGACAUCCACUCGAUUCUAGGCUUUUUUUCUUUUCUAGCAGCCAGCAAGCUCUUCCUGCUAGGUGGGAGACCUAUAGAGAUCUAUUUCCAGCUCGUUUGCUUUCAUCAGUAGGCCACACCCACAUCUUAUGUAUCCUCCCUGUAAAGGGAGAAGCCCAUUCAGAGCCAGCUUUGGUGACAGAUGCUGCUGAAGACAAAACAAUAACACAUGAAAGCAGUAGGCUUGAGCUUGAUUGGGGGGGGGGAUGGAUAGGUUAUUUUGACUGAAUAUACAAGAAUCAUUCUUUUUUGCUCAUAAGGGACAAUUCCAUUAGUGGUAGAAACAUUAGUUUUUUGUCUAUUGUCUAUUGUGGCUCAUAGCUUUUAAAUUUGGUUUUAAAUUAUUGGGGUUUUAAAUUUGUUCAGCCAAAUUAUUUAAUUCGUUUUAGUCUAUUUUAAAUUUUGUAUUUAUAUGUUUUAUUCUAUGGCUGUUCACCGCCCUGAGUCCUUCGGGAGUAGGGUGGUAUACAAAUUCAAUAAAAUAAAAAAAUAAAAUAAAAAUAGCUCAUUAAAUGAAUAUAAGUAAAGAAAUCCUAAAUAUUGAAGUAAUUAUUAGAAUUUUAUUUAUUUUAUAUUAUUUGUGUCCCUUCUUUACCUUAAAUUCAGAACAAUAAAAUAUCAAUAGAAUCUUUUAACCAUAAAAUCAAUGUAAAUAUUAUGGGCCAAAUUACUUCCUAAUAUAGUACUUAAAACAUAAAACUGUAACUUCCAGGGCCAAAAUAAUAGCCAGCAUUACUUAAACCUAGCUUCCAAAGAUUCUGUGAAAGAGAAUGGUUUUCACCUGUUUUCAGUUAACUGAUAAGGAAAGAACAGAUUUCUCCAGUUCUGAUCCCAGGAUAAGAGAAUGCCAAAGGUCGCUCCUAUGCUGCCUUCCUGUGGACAGCAGUCUGAUAUUGAUAAAUGAAAAGAAUUGCUCUCUUUGAAAUAUUUAUCACUUUGGAUCAUCACUCUUUCAUGUGUGGGAUGUGGGACUCUGUCUGCCUCCUCUAAAAACAGAUCUUGGGAACAGAUCUUGGGAAGGAUCCUAGAAGAAAUCCUCUUCCUUCUCAUAUUAUGAAAACCCAUUAAGAAAACUGAGAUAUAGAACCUUCACAAUGUUGUUUGCAAUGUUAGGGAUUCUGAAAACUCCUAACAGUGGUCCCCAUUAUGUCAUCUCCGGACCUAGCCCAAUGUUUUUCAGCUGCAUUAGCACUAUAAUUUCCACAAUAGAAAUGAUACAGUAUUGUCAGUUAUUCUUUACCAAGAUAACUUCCCUGUUGCUUAUAUACAUUCAUCUCCCCUUGAUUAUCAAAAUGACUUUUAUUUUCAGAUUUUCCCCAUCCCAGUUUUUUUUUCAAAUUUUAGUUCCCCCCCCACUUCAAAUUUUGUAAAUAAAUAUGGCAUAUGGCAGCUUCUAGCUGACAUUAGUUGCUCUUAAAAGCCAUAUAAGGAUUGGUUUGGCUAGUGGUGAGAUGAGUACUUGUUAAUUCCAGAUCAACUGGUUGAAUUACAAAAUCAAACAAAUAACAUAAUCUCUGAAGAAGAUAAAGACUAAUCUAUAAAUGCCAUGAAAAUUGCAUAGGAACAGUUACUAGAAGUUGAGAUCAACUUGAAGGUUGAGAUCAACUUGAGGCUUCAUGGGCACACCUAUGCAGUUUUGCUUUUCCUGGGAUGUUUUUCAUCUUCCUGAUCUAAUCUACACCCAUGGGAUUGCUGGUGGUUUCUAUCCAAGUGCUAACUAAGCCUCAAUCUCUUAGAUUCCAUGUCGAAACAAGAUUACAACUCCCAUUUUUCUAAGCAGUAUAUCCAUGGUAUCCAUGGAUAGCAGACACUGAAGGGCAUCAUGUAAGGAUUGGCUGAAUCUGGAGCCUUUUCAUACAAUAAAGGAUUACUGCAAAAGUGACACAACCUAAACAGACUUUCAAUUUUAUCUGGAAUAAAGUAAGCUUUCUUUUCAGUUCUUGUGCUCAGCAUGAAUAAAGGUAAUAAUAGUUUCCCAUCCUUAUCUCCAAGGCAUUAUUGUAAUUUCUUCUUCUUUUCAGUUGUGUCUAAUUCUCAGAGAGUGCCUUGAAAAGCUCCUGGUUUUCUUGGAAAUGUUUUUCAGAAGUGAUUUGCUAUUGCUUUCAUUCUAGGGCUGGGAGAUUGGUCUAAGGUCACCCAGCUAGUUUUAUGCCCAAAUCAGGAUUAGAACUCAUGUUUCCCAUUUGUAGCCUGGUGCCUUAAUCACUACAUCAAAGUGGCUCUCUGAAUUUCUUUAAUUUUAGUUUAAUAAAAUAAUUGUUUUUGCACAAAUAGCUUAAUUUGGUAAGCAAACUAAUCUAUUUCCCGAGUGUCUGGAUUUCCCUUUUCAUAAUAAAGCAAAUAACCGAAAAGAAAAUGCUUACCGCUGUUCCAUAUGACUAGUAAAUACAAGUACAGAAAGAGCUAAGUGAGGACAGGCUUCGAGAGCUUCCUUUUAUCUAUCACCAAUGGUGGGACGGCAAUGGUGGGACCAGGAUGCUGCUCACUUUAUAUCGUUUGUCUCCGAGAAUCAGAAGGAGCGAAUCAGCGUGAAAAAAGAAAACCCGGGGGCCUGAAGUUGCCGUUUGAAACAGAGAAAGUUGAGUUGCCAGAGCUUGGGAAGCGCGGGAAAAGGCGGAGUUCCGGAGUGAGGGCGGAGAAGGUGCUUGAUCUGGCCCCGAGCGAAGUUCUCUGACGGAGCCAGAUCUCUCCGCACGGCCAUGGGUUCUGUCACCUCAGCGCUCAACCGCUCGCGCAACACAGUGGUGCAACUGACCUCGGAGCCGGCAGGUCCUCCACGGGUCGCCUCCAGAAAGCCGCGAACCUUUAAAAGCCGGACCAAAGCGACAACGGCGGCAACUGUAGAAGUCCGCAAAUUCCCACCUGUUUCCGGCGCCUGGGAAGGGAGCGGCAGGGCUGCCGCGGUAGAAGUGUUCCAGGAACUGUCCGACGUGCUGAUGUCCUCGGAAACUGAAGAAAGAGCUCUUGGGCUAGUCUUGUCUCCUCCCCGCCGAAGUCGUAGCGCCUUUGCAAAUGAAACAGGAGACAAGACUGUUCAUCCUCUGUCACGGUUUGCACGAUCAAAAUCUCAGAACUGCCUGUGGAAUACCAUUAUUGGUGGGCUUACAGGAAACAUCAAGGAGAAACAGAAACCAAUGAUCAUCCAUGAUCCAAGACCUCCUGAGGAAAUCUUAGCAGAUGAGCUGCCCCCAGUGGAAAGUUCUGAAGCAUUAGUGAAAACUUCAUUCAGGAGAAAAUAUAAGAAAACAUCCCAGAGAUUACGAUCUUUGGUAAAACAACUGGAGAGAGGAGAGGCUUCUGUUGUUGAUCUAAAAAAGAACCUAGAAUAUGCAGCAACUGUGUUGGAAUCUGUAUAUAUUGAUGAAACUAGGCGCCUCUUGGACACAGAAGAUGAGCUUGGUGAUAUCCAGUCUGACUCUGUGCCUUCAGAGGUACGGGACUGGCUGGCUUCUACUUUCACCCGACAGAUGGGUAUGAUGCUAAGAAGAAGUGAAGAAAAGCCACGAUUCAGAAGCAUUGUUCAUGCAGUUCAAGCUGGAAUAUUUGUUGAGAGAAUGUACAGGCGUACAUCCAAUAUGGUUGGACUUAGCUAUCCCCCAGCUGUAAUCGCAACACUAAAGAAUGUAGACAAGUGGUCAUUUGAUGUAUUUGCAUUAAAUGAUGCUAGUGGGGAUCAUGCACUAAAAUUUAUUUUCUAUGAACUGCUCACACGCUAUGAUCUGAUCAGCCGUUUCAAGAUUCCAAUUUCUGCUCUUGUCUCCUUUGUGGAAGCCCUGGAAGUUGGCUAUAGCAAGUAUAAAAAUCCAUACCACAAUCUAAUGCAUGCAGCAGAUGUCACACAGACUGUUCAUUACCUCCUUUUUAAGACCGGCGUAGCACACUGGUUGACAGAACUUGAGAUCUUUGCUAUGAUUUUUGCAGCUGCUAUCCAUGACUAUGAGCACACUGGAACUACAAACAACUUUCAUAUUCAAACACAGUCAGAUACAGCCAUUCUAUACAAUGACCGAUCUGUGUUAGAAAAUCAUCACCUAAGUGCAGCAUUUCGACUUUUGCAAGACGAUGAGGAGAUGAACAUUUUGUCUAAUCUCUCCAAAGAUGAUUGGAGAGAAUUCAGGACUCUAGUGAUUGAGAUGGUGCUGGCUACAGAUAUGUCCUGUCAUUUUCAGCAAAUCAAAGCCAUGAAGAAUGCAUUGCAGCAGCCAGAAGGAAUUGAAAAACCAAAAGCCUUAUCCUUGAUGUUGCACACAGCUGACAUCAGUCAUCCUGCCAAGGCAUGGAACCUCCAUCAUCGCUGGACCAUGUCACUGUUAGAAGAAUUUUUCAGACAGGGUGACAAAGAAGCAAAGUUAGGCCUUCCCUUUUCCCCACUGUGUGAUCGUAAAUCCACUAUGGUCCCUCAGUCUCAAAUAGGCUUUAUUGAUUUUAUUGUGGAACCUACUUUCACUGUGCUGAGUGAUAUGACUGAGAAGAUUGUAACACCUCUCAUCGAGGAAGCCUCUAACUCUGGUAUGAUGGGAUUUAGGCGAUCCAGUCUGAAUAGCCUUAGCCCCUCAGAAGUCAAAAGAUCAAGUGUCAAGAGCACUGGGUCAGAAGGAAGUGCCUCACUCAACUGUUCCAUCCUCACUGUGGACUUCAAAUGUUUUAAAGCCACCUGGACAGAAGUAGUGCAACAAAACCGAGAAAAGUGGAAAGCCCAAGCAAUCAAAGAAGAAAAAGCAAAGAAAGAAGCAGAGGAGAAUUCUCAACAGGGUACAGAUGACAAGAAAACAGAAGGAAAUGAAGGAAAAAAGGCAGCUGAGGGUAACAUUACCACCAAGUCAGAGAAAAGUAAACAAGGGAAUAAAGAGGGUUUCUCGGGAGAUGGUAAAAGCACCGAAAUUAAUAAAAGUAACAUAAAUGGUCACCCAACUGGUGGUAACAAACAUGGAACUUCUCAAGGAAAAAAUGUAACUGAGAUGGAAAAAGGGGCAGAGUCAAAACCAACAGGAGGAGAGUCAAAACAGCAUGUACAGAAUGGUGAAUUAAAGGAUGAUAGUAAGAGGUCAGAGAAGGACCAGGGAAAUGAGACAAAGGAGGGUUCAAAACAACUUAUGAAACCGGCAUUUAUUCCUAAUUGCACAGUUCAGCUAACUUUGCCAGUUAUCAAACCUACAAUACAUCAGGCCAAGAAAUCUAAUUUUGCCUCUGCAAAUACUACCUUCCCACCUUUCCACAAGAAAACUGAGGACUACUUGGUGAAAUACAAACUGCUUGACCAGAGGGGCAGAAUGAAGAAGAUUCAGCAUAUCUCUGAGCAUUGGAAUAGGAAAUAGGCCAGGUUUCUAUUUAUUAAUGAAGGAGACUUUGAAAGUUAUACAGAUUAUUCAGCCAACAAACAAGUAUGCAAUUAAACAAAUAUAAUGGAAGCAUUCUGCUUAGACACAUUCUCCCUGAUUCAUCAAAGAUGCCCCAGAUGCAGCAGCAGAAAACUCUUUCCUAUGUCUAUAUAAAAGACUGAAAAUUUGCAUGUACGUUCAUGACUAUUUGCAGGUUGACUGUUUCUGCUUUCUGUCUCCUAAUAGAUGAAUGGCAUGGUCUACUAUACCAAUGUGUAAUGUUUGAUUAGAGUAUUUGAAUUCCAUUUAUGGUGGGUUUUGAUAUUGGGAGUGAGAUUGCAGGUUAAACAUGAAGCAGUACAGGCUGAUGGUGAUGAUGGUGAUCUCAUAACUACCAUGGUGGUUCAACAUAGAUUGGUAGGUUGUUUUUUUUAACUGCAGUGUGGAGAUAAGAAAAAGUGACUAGCCCAAGUUACUCAGUCAAUUUCUGUACCUAAGGAGGACUAGUCUCCAAGCUUCGAUCUAACACAUAUCUUCACACUACAGCAUUACUGGUUUUCAUAUAUGUAGUUUCAAGACAUCUACGUUUCUCAGAAUUAUGCAAAUACCAUUUUUCUUGAAAAGAAGGCACUCCUUUUGAAUUCCAUCUUCAUUUCAUUACUGUACUUUGUCUCUUUCUGAUUUGAGUGUGUGAGUAUGGGUGGGUUUAUUUUUUUGUUUGAUUUAUUUCCCACCUUUCCUCUAAGAGUUCAAGGUGACUUUCAUGAGAUCUCCAUGCAUUCUACCCCUACAAGAACAAUCCUGUGGGCAGAGUCAUUCAUGGCCAUUCCAUUCCAUGGCUAAGUGGGGGCUUGAGUAUCAGUCUCCCCACUCACAGACUACCAUUUUAAUCAUAAUAUCGCACUUAACUACAUUACUCUACACUACAUAGACCUAGAGAAUAGAAGGCAACACAUGUAGAGUAAAAUGAAGAAUUCUUUUCUUUAGGCCAAUGUCUUUGUGAUAACAUUUUUCUGAAUAUUAUAUUUAAUUACACUAUGCAUUCAAUAUAAUGAGAAAACCACUCAUUUCAUCGCUGCUUAAAUUUAUUUGUUUGUAAACAUUGGUGAAUCUUACCUGCUCUCCUUUUCUUGCGUGACAAUUUUAGUUUUGAAUUUGGAUGGGAAAAAAGAUGAGGAAUAAGCAAAUCUUUCAGAUAGUUCAAAUACCAUAUUUUUUGAAGUAUAAGAUGCACUGGAGUAUAAGACACAGCUUACUUUUUGGGGAGGAAAAUGGGGAAAAAAUCUGCCUACCAGGUAUUCAUCUGGCUAGUUCUUAGCCUGGUCAGCUUCAGCACAUUAGUCUGCUGUUUUUUAUCCCCUGCUUGGGGACAAAAAACAGCUUCUAAAGCACAACUGAUCUUUAGAGAGAGAAGCAAUGAGAAAAGCAGGCAAACCAUGGAGAUCGCUACACUCGCUAGCGCCUCCUUAGGGCUGAAAAAAGCUUCACAGCUGAGAGUCGGAGGGAGCAGGCACAGCAUAGAUUGCUUCACUCGCUAGUGCCUCGUUAGGGCUGAAAAAAAGCUUCUAAAGCACAGCUGAGCGUCCACUCGCCUCAUUAGGUCUGAAAAAAAGCUUCGAAAAAGCUACAUUCGGAAUAUGAGACGCACCCAAAUUUUCAGCCUCUUUUAGGAGGGAAAAAAGUGUGUCUUAUACUCUGAAAAAUAUGGUAGCUAUCCAUAAGAAUAGAAGUUUUGCAAUAAUCAGUGUAAAAGUGCCUAUUGGCUUCCCUUUUGUUCCAUUUUAAACCAGCUACAGAUAGUCCUCAACUUGUGACCACAGCUGAGCUCAAAAUUUCUAUUGCUAAGUGACACAUUUGUUAAGUGAGUUUUGCCCCAUUUUAUGACCUUUCUUGCCACAGUUAUUAAAUAAUCAUCUCAGUUGUUAAGUUAGUAACACGAUUGUUAAGUGAACCUGGCUUCUCCAUUGACUUUGCUUGUUAGAAGAUUACAAAAAGUGAUCGCAUGGCUCCGAGACAGUGAAACUGUCAUAACUAUGAAUCAGCUGCAAGCAUCUGAAUUUUAAUCAUGUGACCAUGGGGAUGCUGCACUGGUUGUAAGUGUGAAAAAUGGUCAUAAGUCACUUUUUUCAGUGCCAUUGUAACUUUGAAUGGUCAUCAAAUCAACUGUGGUAAAUUGAGGACUAUCUGUAUCUGAGGUAGCUACUUCAAUCUGCUAAAUGAUAUGACAUUUUAUUUAUUUAAUGAUUUACUAUGUGUGUAGCAUCUGGGCAUUGAAAUUCAGCACAUGCAUAGGCAUAUAUUUGGAGAAUAUGUUGAAAAUGCUUUCCAGCUUUAUCUGGUUUGGUAGUUUACAGAUUGCUUUAUCAUUUUAUGUCACACAAAGGCUUGUCUUUCUGGGAGUAUAGUGGGGAGGGAUGUGGUUUGCUCUAAGAAUUUUGCAAUUCAAAGAGAAAAUAUAUUUUGAAAAUGUGUUGCUUGUGCCAUUAGAUUAUUUGCAUAUAUGCUUGUAUAAAAUAAAAUAAAAUAAAGUAAAGUAAAGUAAAGUAAAGCAAAGCAAAGCAAAGCAAAGCAAAGCAAAGCAAAGCAAAGCAAAGCAAAGCAAAGCAAAGCAAAGCAAAGCAAAGUAAAUAAAUAAAAUAAAAUAAAAUAAAAUAUUCUUUCAAAUGAA